CCUCAAUCCUCUAUCGUCUGUUCACACCUGUGCCGGCCUUCACCCUCCUCCCAAUUUAUUCCACCGCUCCCAAAUCCGAGCGAGCAUCGACUCUCCCGAUCGAUCUCUCUCUCGCUCUGCCAGUUCGUAUUCUUUCGACGAUCCUUUAUCGGUAGAUCCACAUAGACGUACGUCAUACAGCCUUGGUCGGUGGGGGUCGCCGAUCCCUGCUUGGCCUUUUUUUUGCGUUUGGUUGCUGUCAAGUGAGAGAUCGGUCGUGUGGUGCGGCUGCCAUGAAGGAAGGGAGGGUGGAGGAGAUGACGUCGGGGACGAGGAUGCCGACGUGGAGGGAGAGGGAGAACAACAAGCGGCGGGAGCGGCGGCGGCGUGCGAUCGCGGCGAAGAUCUACGCGGGCCUCCGGAUGUACGGCAACUACAAGCUCCCCAAGCACUGCGACAACAAUGCCGUCCUCAAGGCCCUAUGCGAGGAGGCCGGGUGGGCCGUCGAGGAGGACGGCACCACUUACCGCAAGGGAUGCAAGCCAGUGGAACACGUGGAUAUCGUUGGAUCCUCGGCUUCACCAAGUCCUUGUGUCUCCUAUAACCCAAGCCCGGCCUCAUCCACCUUGGCAAGUCCUAUGUCUUCAACCUUGAUCACUAACGCGAAGAAUUUAACCAGCGGCACAGAAGGCAACUCCCUCGUUCCAUGGCUAAAGAGUCUCUCAUCCGCGUCUUCCACAUCCACCUCUUCCAAGCUACCCGACCUCCAUCAUCUAUACGUACAUGGAGGGUCCAUAAGUGCCCCAGUAACCCCUCCACUGAGCUCUCCCACUGCCCGAUCCUCGCGCAUCAAGACUGAUUGGGAUGCGCCAGCCAUCCACCCAACUUGGGCUGGCUCCAACCUUACUUUCUUGCCAUCUUCCAUGCCACCAAGCCCUGGCCACCAAGAUACUCCACAGUCUGCAUGGCUUGCUAGCUUGCGCCUUCCUUCUGGUGGUCCUUCUUCACCUACCUUCAGCCUUAUAUCGUCUAAUCCUCUUGUCUUCUAUAAGGAAGCCAGUGGCUCCCGAAUGUUGACUCCAGGACAGAGUGGGACAUGCUCUCCGAUACCCGGUGGCCACAGCCAUGGUGAUGUUCAGAUGUCUGAUGGUGGUUCAGAUGAAUUUGAAUUUGGAAGCAGCAGUAAUGGCACCGAUACAGCAACCGGGUUGGUGAAGCCAUGGGAAGGGGAGAUGAUCCAUGAGGAGUGUGCAUCCGAUGAGCUGGACCUCACUCUUGGAAGUUCGAAAACCAGAUCUGUUGCCUGACGGACGGUCGAUCGAUUCAGCGUCCCCCUGUCUUCUGUUAUCUUUUUCUUGUUUUGAAGUAGAUAGAUAGAGAGAGGAUUCAAGAGAGAUGAUUUUAGUUUCUUGCCUUCAGCUUUAACCACUUUUUUUCUGAAGAAAAACUGGUGUAUGUUAUAUAGAGUGUGUGAAGGGAAAAAGCAAAACAUGUAUGUCACAGGGCGAAAACUGAGUGGGUCAUGUUUCUCGUACAUGCUGAGUUUGAAUCACUGGUAUUGCUCUUCAAUCUCCAGCUAAAUUAUAUCAACUCGCGGAUUAACUUUUGA